GAAAUUUAAGUGCUCAUCAAGAAAAAACCAAACUUUCACAAAAUAAAAAACACUCUUCUCCUUCUCCUUCUGAUCAUCUGAUUGGGCCGUGAAACAUUGAACUCCUACAACUUUGAAAGAGAACUCUUUAAUUCUUUUUUUCUUAAAUAAAAAACAAAAGAAGAUAAUUUCCUUUUUUUGUAUCGAUGCUUUGAAUCAUCAUCGUCGUUUUUGGCUUUCUGUGUAAUUCAUUGAUUCAUUCAUUCUCUCUGUUUCGUUUGAUGGGAAUUACUAUAAUUGUUCACCUCCUAUGGCGAAGUUGUCUUUCAAGGAUUCUUUAAAAGCUCUUGAAGCUGAUAUCCAACACGCUAAUACACUAGCUUUAGAUCAUCCUCGAGAGAAGGAUGGAGCGCGUGUUCAGAUGAGAUUAUCGUACAGCCCGGCUGCUCAAUUUUUUCUUUUUCUUGUACAAUGGACUGAUUGUCACCUUGCUGGUGCACUCGGUUUACUCAGAGUUCUUAUCUAUAUGACUUAUGCGGAUGGAAAGACCACAAUGUCGGUUUACGAAAGAAAAGCCAGCAUAAGAGAGUUUUACGCUGUGAUAUUCCCGUCGUUGUUACAACUCCAAAGAGGUAUUACAGAUCUAGAAGACCGCAAACAGAAAGAAGUCUGCAAUACGAGAUACAGAAAGAAAGAUGAGAGCGAAAUGUCUGAACUCUCAAAGAUUGAGGUCGAGAGGGAAGAAGAAUGUGGAAUCUGUCUAGAGAUGAACAGCAUGUGCAUGGUCGUGCUUCCCAACUGUACUCAUUCUUUAUGCAUCAAGUGUUACCGCGAUUGGCGAGGGAGAUCACAGUCAUGCCCUUUCUGCAGAGACAGCCUGAAAAGAGUAGACUCUGGUGAUCUCUGGAUGUUUUUGGACCAAACCGAUACAGUGAAUCUCACUGCGAUCACUAGAGAGAAUCAGAAACGGUUGUUUACUUAUAUUGAGAAGCUACCGCUCGUGGUUCCUGAUCAAAUGUAUGCGUCUUCUCCUCACGAUUGCCAUCUGAGGUAAAGGCGAAACACCGGUUCUUUGUGUAUGUAUUAGAGUUAGUACAACUUGUACAAGGCCCUCGUUAAAACUCUUUUCUUCACCAUCAUUAUCUUGGGAUAGUCCCAUUAUCUUAUUGUUAAGCUUAUGUAUAUUUUUAGUAAUCUCUUCUUCAAGAAGAGGGCUACACUUACAAGUUACAACUAAUUUACAUUGAAUCUUGAAUAAUAAUGAUACUUUCCCACGCAAAAAAAA